AUGGUGGAAAGCAUUUCUACUAGUGCGCAAGUGGAAAUCUCCAACAGGGAGUUAAAGAAGAUUCUCGAAGCUACAAUCAAUGCGUCCUGUAAGGAUUGGGCUAAGAAGCUAGACGAUGCACUUUGGGCUUAUAGAACAACAUUUAAGACUCCAAUUGGCAUGCCUCCAUAUCGACUGGUGUUUGGAAAGGCCUGUCAUCUGCCCGUUGAGUUAGAGCAUAAGGCAUAUUGGGCAACUCAUUUGCUCAAUUUCAAUAUGAAGGAGAAAACCAAGAGAUGGCACGACAGACAUAUAAAAGAGAAGGAUUUUGAAGUUGGCCAGCAAGUAUUAAUGUUCAAUUCACAUCUCAAACUCUUUCCUGGAAAGUUAAAGUCUAGAUGGUCAGGUCCUUUCAUAGUAGUAGCCGUGCUCCCACAUGGUGCUGUAGAAGUAGUAUCUCAGGAUGAACAGAGGAGGUUUAGAGUGAAUGGACAAUGGUUGAAAGCCUAUUGGGGAGGUGACUACUCCAAUGAGAAGACGACCGUACCUCUUAAUAGUGCAGAGUAG